ACACUCCAAGCACAAUCAGGCAUGAUAAUGUUAGGGCUAUCGUCCUUUUGAUCAAUACAAGCCAAUAUCUAGUAAUUUUCUGUGAGCUUUGGACACCAUAUCCUAUUUUUAAAGUCAAUUCCAAGCUAUUUCAAAGGAUACUCAUCUUAGACCGGCCAGGACCUUCCAACUACAAGUGGAAGUUGACGCACUGUGGACAGGUGUUGCAAACAAACUCAAACAGUUGCGAGUACAUCUUCAGUCAUGUUGCGUCGUUAUUUCGCUGGGGGUGUUUGCACAAGCAAGGCUUCGAUGGUAGGGAAGACAGUCAUCAUCACAGGGGCAAACAGUGGUAUCGGCAAGGAGUCAGCCUUGGACAUCGCAAGGCGAGGGGCCAGGGUGAUAAUGGCCUGUCGUAACGCAGAAGAGGGGGAGAAAGUAGCCGCUGAGAUUAGAGAGAAAACUGGUAGCACUCAAAUUGUAGUCAGAACACUCGAUUUAGCGUCCCUGACGUCUGUUCGGAAUUUUGCAGAAGAGAUCAAGAGAUCAGAGAACAGGUUGAAUGUAUUAUUGAAUAACGCAGGAGUGAUGAUGUGUCCCCCGAUGAAAACCGCCGACGGUUUCGAGAUGCAGCUGGGCACCAACCAUCUCGGCCAUUUCUUGUUGACAAACCUCCUCUUGGACUUGCUCAAGUCAUCUGCACCGAGCAGGAUUGUCAAUGUUUCAUCUACUGCACAUAAACACGGAAAAAUCCACUUCGAUGACCUGAUGCUUGAGAAGAAAUACGACAGCUGGGGAUCAUACCAACAGAGCAAACUCGCCAAUGUUUACUUUACGACAGAACUCGCCAAAAGACUCGAAGGGACAAAUGUCACAGCGAACUGCUUGCACCCCGGCGUGAUUAGGACCAAUCUGGGUCGACAUCUUAAUAAUGCAGGCUGGAAGGUGGCAACCACCUUGACGUACUUCCCCGCCAAACUUUUCCUGAAAACUCCGACAGAGGGCGCGCAGACAAACAUCUAUCUGUCAGUGUCCGAGGAAGUGGAAGGUGUAACCGGCAAAUAUUUUGCAGACUGCAAAGAGGAGAAGCUAUUGCCUCACGCGAAGGACGACGUAGUUGGGAAAAGGUUAUGGGAAGUUAGUGAGCAGUUGGUUGGAUUUUAAGAUGUAGCUGGAUAGAGGACGAAGCAUCCUGACCUUCAGGCCAACACUCGGCACUAACGACCGAGUUGUGCGACGAGAGGAGGAUUACGACUGACUCUGAGUUUUCGAGGAUGAGGACAAAGAUGCGCCUUGCUUAUUAAUUUUAGACUCCCUGGGCAGCGUCAUCCUAAUUUGGUCUCCUUAUGGGUGAGGGUGAGCAACGAGGCCGGUCCACUGCGUCUGGAGUGUAAUUAAAUUGGAAUGGCCGUAUUACAUUGUAAACAGCAUAGACUAAAUAGGCCAUUUACAAAAAUAAAGUUUGAUAUAUAUAACACAAGCACGCAGCAUGGUUCCAGUGAGGAAAAUGGCAAAAGCAAUUCUUUAUGGUGUAAAAUAAAGGAGGAUUCAGA